AUGAAAAAAAAAAUCUUCGUCAAACAAGGAACUGGGGAAUAUUUAUCUACCGAAAAAGAUUAUUGCAUCGAAGAAGACUUAUUUAAAUCUUCCCAACAUCUACGCAAUAUUUUUCUUUCUUUUGUUUUAUAUUUAAUUGAAUGCAAGAUGGCUGAAACAAGAAGUAUGAAGCGGGGUAACACCAACAACUCUCAAGAUACAAAAGGCGCCCCGUUCUCCUCAAAAGACCUCAGUUAUCUCAACAAACUCCCCAGUAUUGCACCAAACUAUGGCCGAAAACAUUACAGCGUCUGUUACAUCUUAAAGUCAAAAAUUUCACGGGUUUUGCUUUACGACAACAUUACACAACAGCGAAUGCUCGAUCGGAAACUGAAUCUCCUUGGAGGAGAACAGCGGAGAGUUAUGCAAUUACUCGACUACCACCGGAAAUUGUUCGAAAAUCAAAAAAACCUUAAGCAUAAGCGUUUGACAUCCCAUGCUCGAUCGCCUGUUACUCAAUUCGAAGAAACUAAACGAGUUCAGCCCGAAGUAAUGACAGAGGGUUACCAACAACAGAGGCUACCUGAGAUUGUAUCCGGCUGCUCCAGUUUCUCUUGUGCCUUAAAUCCGUCGGUAAGCUCCCAGGACACUGCCAAGUAUUCGUCUCUUCCGCAUGAUAAAGAGUUCCGGGCAUGUUCGCAAGCAUAUUACGACCAAAUGACGAAAUCAGGCGGGAGUCUGACACGGAACGUAGACAACAGCAAUGGCGAUAAUCAUAAUAAUUUUGCUGAUAGUGCUCCUGUUCUCAGCUCUUUUAAAUCUCAAGCUAAAGAGAUAAAGAUGAAGUUUUCGAAUUACGAUUCUGACAUUCGUUUCGUUUCAUUAGAAAAACUCUUGUCUCCAAUGGAUAAAAUCUCAUCAAGCCACGUAAAAUGUCAAGUAACAUUUCCAAUGAAAACUAAAGACUCUUAA